UAAGGAAGCAGAUUUUAAGAUAGUGUCAAAUAGGAAUUUUCUCCUCUCCUUGUUGCUCGCUCCCCUGUUCCCCUCUCUCGUCGACGGUGGCGGCUGCCCAGAUCGGCAGAUCCGUUGCUUCCAUGGUCGACGACGGCUACUCCCACGCCACCUGUUCCCUGCCUCCUCCCUUCCUACUCCGGUAUCCAGGUCGCUUGGAUGGUUCUGAAGGCACCCAAACAUCGCCCCGCGCAUCGUCGUCAGGGACCUGGCCGCCGCCUCCAUGGUCUCCUCCCCCCUGGUGGCCGCGGGCACCCAGCUCGGUCAGCUGCACAUUCCUAGAUCCAGAGGGCAAGCUUGUAGAGGUCGAGUGUGUGCUGAUGUUGUGACUGUUUCGUUCUCUCCGGUGCUCCUAGAUCCAGCAAUAGCUCACCGGAGGAAGGCCGUGGUGCUCGAUCUCCUCGCCUCUUUCGCCUCGCAGUCUCGGCAGCAAGGUCAGCUCCGUUUCUCCCACUCCCCUUCCCCUUCUCCCUCCUGUAGUUUUCUACUGUACUUCCAGGUGCAUUUUCUGAGGCUUGUUGACUUGUGCCGACUUCUUCUCUACAUCAUUUUCAUUGGGCAUAAACCUGACAUCCAUCAGCUUUGAGCCAACAGCAUACGCAAGCUCCCAUGUACCAAUGCUUGGGUGCAUACUCUUGCAUUGCCUAACUAAACAUUGAUAUUUCUCCCUUCAUCAUAGAAAUAGAAAAAAAAAUCACCAGGUUAGACGCUUCUGAAAAUGAUCUACAACUGAAAUGUGUAACUAUCAAAGACAUCCCAGAGUAGGAAUUUGAUCACCCUGCUUGCAACAUAGGAAUAACUAUCAAAUGCAAAACACAAAUUGUAAAACAUUCCAGUGCCCAAGUACUUAUUAAGAUAUAUUACUAUAUGACUGGCCAGGGUAUAAUGUUAUGAACUUAUGAUGCAAAACCAUGCUGAGUGUCAUAUAGAUUGAAAUUAGGAUCCUUGUAGCACCGCUAGGACUGGAUAAACAUUGGUCUGUACUGGUUCAGAUCUUCAGUUGUUAUACUCUGGUGGCUCGAUAACUGAACAUUCAGUUGUUAUACUCUGGUUAUGUACAACUUAUGUAUGUAUGCCUCUUGUGUACUCAAAUUAGGAUGGAUGUGAUGCACUCAAAUAUUUCUGCCUAGGAUGAUCCACUUGGACAUGUAUUCAAAAAUUUGUGCGUGACAUGUACUUGUAUAUUUGUGUCAGCUUGGGAUUUACUAGGAAUAGAAUGGCUGGUCCAGCUUGGUAUUAACUAGGAAGAGAAUGGCCGGUGGGAUUUACAAGGAACGGAACGGAACGACUAGAAUGCUGUGAGAAUCUGAAGUUGUCCAGAUUGGAUAUGAGAAAGUUAGGGCUGUUACUGCAAAAAGGCAUGUUUUAUCUCAGACCGUGAGUAGGGGGGUUUUCAUCAAAUGUACAAUAAGUGGCAUGAGGGACCUCCACUCCUAUCUGUACCGUCCAUAUUCAAUCCAAUAGCCUGAGUUCCUUUUUCUAUUCUUCUAUCCUAAGCCCAGAUUCUAUCCUAGUCCCUCCUUCUCUUCCCCAGGCUGCCUCCCCUUCGUUCUCUUCCCCGACGCCUGAAGCCAUGAGCGCCGCCGCGUCAUCAAACCUUCAAAACUGCUCCAUCUUGCGAUGAUCAAGGGCUGUCCACGGAUACCAACUCUGCGGCGAAUUCCUCCUUGAAUUUGUACCAGCUACACCUCGACGACUGCGCCCACAGCGUCCCGACACAAAGUUCAAGAUCAAGGUCUCACCCUUUUCUCUUCUUUCCCUGCUUCUAUUUUGUUCUAACCCCUCUCUUCAAUCUCCUUCCAUGGAUCUUGCCUCUCACUGACCCCACGAUCAGCAAUUCAAGUCAAUUGUCCGAUCUGGAUGGAGCACGGUCGACAGAGGAGAUGAAGAUGCACGCCGCGUCGCCGCCUAUAGACGUGUCCGUCGCUGUCCUCCUUGCACUCCAACGUACGCCGGCCUCACCACCACCGGUGACCUCACUCCACUCCAUGUUGCAAUCUGCCCUUGGCUUUAGUCCACCCCAUGGAGGUGUGCCGACAUGCGCGUGAGAUGAGAGAGAGGAGGAUGCACCCUUGCCCCCAGACGUGAUUCGCUGCCACCCCUCCAGCGCCUGACGUUUUGACGAGGGAGACCCGGCAGGCACGCGUGGGCAGCGAGCGAGCGUCAGGAGAACCACCGAGGAGGAAUCCAUGGAGUAGCAGCACACGCCGUGUGCCCCUCUCGCGCCCGCGUCCAUGCAGACGCGGAUGCUGGCCUCUCUCUCUCUCUCUCUCUCUAUCUAUCUAUCCCCUCUAUCUAUCUAUCCCCGAGGUAGCAGGUCGGUCCACGAUCUUGCCGGUGUGUUCCAACUUCCAAGAAGCAGCCUAGGUUAGGUAGCUUAGUUUAGGAGGAAGCCAGCUGCAAGAAUGGGAGGGAGCAUGUCAUGCUUCGGCGGCAGCGGCCGGGACUACGACGAGGCGUACGAGCAGCCGCGGCGGUCGUCCAGGAAGGUGCGGCCGAGCGACGAGGAUGGGCUGUGGUACGUCGGGGAGCGGGACGUCGACAGGAAGGCCACGGAGUUCAUCGCCAGGUUCCACGCCUCCGCCAGCUACGUCGAGGCUACCUAGGCUCGGUUGAUCUUCUGCUGCUUCCGCCGGUGAUCUCCGGGUCCGGCUACGUACCUCAGGCGCCCCGAGGUGGCUGCCAGUACGCUUGGUUAAUCGGCCAUUGAUUUGUUAUCCUGCUGCUCUCUCUCUCUCUCUUGUUGCUUCCUUUGGAACCCUAUAUCUUGGACAAUGGCAAAAGGUUCACGGCGCUGUUCGCAGGCUGUAUGGCCCAAUGCGUGAACUUAUUUGCUCAAGUUCUUGCUGCUUCGUCUCAUUUAUAUAACACAUACUCCCUCCUUUCCGGUUUAUAAGGCUCAAUUCAAAAAUCUCACCAACCAAGGUAGAUGGUGAGUGGUGGAAUAUUUUUUGUAAUUUGCAAAAGCACCCAAUUAAUGCUCUUGUUUUCCUCAAAAAUUUAUGUUUACCAAUGUAUUAAUUGCAACGCAUGCAUGCAUAAAGUACAUGCAUUGGUCAAUUUUCUCUUUAAUACUUGCAUGCAAUUAUUUAAUGCACCUUGGAAUCUGAACUUGUGAUGGGGAACAACCAAAUUGAGCCUUAUAAAAUGGAAACACUAAGAUUUUGAGAUAAGCCCUAUAAACCGGAAAGGAGGGAGUAUUAUCUAUUUUAAUGUAGAGCAGGAUCAACUGGCCAACAUGUGCGACGGCGGGCAUGCGCUUGUGUGUUCCCGAGGUCAGGAGCCGAGGAGGACAGUGGCUGCGCAUCUACGGUUCUGGCUGGCAAAGCAUGGCUGCACCGUUAUCGAGCACACAGAUGGGCAUGCGUCCACUGCCGGCGCCAGGCGGUGGCUGACACUAGCUUGGCGUGGCAGUUCAUCUGUUGCUCAUGCGUGUCAGGGAAUAAUGCACUAAACGAAACAUGCUUUAUGCAAAGAAGAGAGCAAAUGAGGGCCAGAUAGAUCAACCUUUUUUCAAAAAAAAAGAGAGCAAAUGAGGGCCAAAUAGCCAAAUCAGGUGGGAUGGGCGUUUGCGUCGAACGUGAGGGUCUGGCCGUUUGCGUGGAACAGGUGAGAGAGGGGGAGUGCAUCCACAAGUGCAGACUCAACAAGCACCAUGUACCAGCACAACUAUCGUCAUUAUGAGCACCUCAAUGUUAUCAACAUCCAGAGUCCUUCAAACAGGCAUGUGCAUAUUCUUGGAAAUUUGGAGUUGGAGAUGGAGGAAAGGGAAAGAGAAGAGAAGAAAGAGGACUUAUUUUAUUCAUGUCCCUUUGGUUCCUUCUUGCUGCAAGGGUAGAUCUCCGUUGAUUGCCACACCCAGUAGUAGUUGCUUGAUUUGGUGAAGUGCAUUAAGAUUUACACUAUCUUGGUGAGGGCCAGCUGGAACAUGCUGGCGAAUAACGCAUUUUAGGUUGCUGGGACAUGAGAUAUUCUCCCCUUCUUUUAGGGUCCUGGGAGGAGCGACACUGCCUGUGCGCCGUGGGUCCUGGGAGGAGCGACACUGCCUGUGCGCCGUGGACGAUUCCCUGUGAGGGGAUUAUGGUUUUUUUGCUUGCCUGUUCCCAAAGAGAUGAUUUUUCUUCGUUUUUGGUUUUGGAUACUGAAUUUAGGAUAGCAGGAACAAUGUUACUGCCAGACCGGUAGGAGUUGGACAUACUUGAUGAAGCUUUUUGCUGAUUGCAAAUUAGGUAUGUGCAAAUCAGUAGUGAACACUCUGUGUUGUUGUUCCAGAAAAGUUGUAUCAGCAGUUUAUGUGACAUUUCAUGUCCGCUCCAUGAAGCAUUGUAUGCACACAGUAUAUUAAUGAUUUUAUUUUACCUUCA